GUUGUGGUCCAGUGAGAACAAAAAUCCCUGUUCCGAUGACGGCGCCGAAUCCAAACCAGGUUAAAUCCCACCAGUUGAGCACCCUCUCAUCUCAUUCUCACUCCUCUUUCUGAUUUCUCCAGCUCUUGAACAGAAAAUAUAUCUUUCCUCCACUCUUUACGCUAUCCCCUGCAUCUAUUCCUUCAGUCAGACCGCCAUAUAAAAUAGAAACAAUCUCACUCUUCACUUCUCCCUUUGACAUUUCUAUUAUACAAUUUUGCCUGAUUGAAGUUAAAGAAGACGGGAAAUAUUUAAGUUAAACAGCUCAACAAGGCGUUAUCAGAGGCAUUCGCGAUUUGUUAAUAAAAUCAAAGGUUCUUCAAAAGCAACGAGGUCCCUGCUCUGAAGAUCAUAUCAAUUGAUGUAUAGACGGUGAGCAAGCUGCGCUGUCCGUGAUGCCCAGGAUUAAAAACGACAGCCAGUAAGAAACAUCAGAAAAAACAAUCAACGGAAAACUGCGAGAAGCAACGAACUGACAGGAUAAUUUGAAUCGUCGUGCAUUGCUAUAGAUGCAUUACAGCCGUAGAUAUGUUAAGUCAUCCGAUUAAACUCAUAUAAGGUACGCCUUGGCGUAAAAAUCUUUCUGUUCAUCAAAUCAGGGAUUCUCCAAAAAAGGAAUAAAAGAGGCGCGGCGAGGGUUGCUUGGUAAGGUGUUUAGCCAAAAUUUCUGGAUUAUUUGGCAAAGGGCGCCGCUCGAGCUGUACGGGCGUCUCAGUGAAAUAGAACCCAAACUCACCAUUGCAUUGCUGGUGUUGAAGUUGGGAGAAAAUGAAUAAUAUUUGACAAAGCAGAUUUAGUUGAAACAACGAGAGCGGCAAGGCAAGCGGAAGAAAGGCAUGUCCACAGCUAAGCAGUUUGCACUCUGUAAGAUUUGCAGGCUAAAUCAUAACAAAGGAAAGGGUCACAAAUAUUCCCUCAAUCACAAGAAACGGCUGGCCGAGAUACUUUCUAAAUUCCUCAAGAAAAUUGAAGAUGUUGUUUACUUUGUGAAAAACCCCACGCCCCUUCACCCUCAAUUCCAACACCGCAACAACUUCUGGUGCGUCGUCUGCGAGGAGGAGAUUCAUGAAAUGCACAGUUUUUUUGCCUGCUGCAACACCAUUAAACAUUUGACAAGUACAGAGCAUAUGGAAUGCCUAAGGUCCUUUUGGGUAGAGAAUGGAGCAGAUGUUCAGAAGAGAGAUAAGUACUGCAUUUCUCAACAAGAUUUUACCAAGUGGGAAAAUGGUUGCAGGUCUUUGGAAAGGAUGUCUAUGCCAUCAGGAGGCUGCUGCUAUGAAGAUAUAAAUAAUAUCCAUUUCAAACAUAGUUCUAUAUAUAUGGGUACAAUCGGAAAUGUUUCUGUAAACACCAUAACAAAUAAUCUUUCUGAUAGUGUUCUGCCUUUACAAUAUUUUAAGGAUAAGAACUCUCAGGUUUCUAGCCAAGGAGAUAUUAGAGCAUCUGUGGCCCAUCUGGCUUCUCAGGAUGCCCAUUUUUCAGGUUCUUCAAGGAUAAAUGCAAAUCAUGCACCUCUUUGGAAACAUGCUCAAGAAAGCAACAACAAACAAUUGCUUUCAAAGAAAAGACUUGUACAUGCUGGAGCUACAGCGGGAGAUUGUGUAGCACAAAACCAUGCUGUGUCCACUUCAAGUGCUUCUAGUGAACAACCUUGGCUGGGCAGCUUUCCAAGACAUGAAGAAGGCUACAAUGUAGCAUGUUCUUUGCAAGAUGGGCACCAGGGAAUAGAACACCAUCUUACAUGCAUUCGUGCCCCUUAUUUAAUUCCUGGGGAGGUGAAAGAAAAUAUACAUACUGGAGCACCUCCCCCUUGGUUGAAAGUGGAUGGAGAGAAUGAAGUUAUCUCUAGUGGUACAUCUGGAACAUCUGCAGACAUCCAGAGACUAUCAAAGACUCAAGAAAGAAAGCUAAAGAAGAUGAGGAAUCCAAAGCGUGUCGGUGCUGCCUGGGCAGAACGAAGAAGGGUUGAGCUAAAAAGGGAGCUAAAUGGAGAUAUACCUAGUACAAGUGUUGCAAAUGAUUCCUCUUGGCUGCCUAAUUUUGGUAGAGUUUGGCAAGCUGGUUCUCGAAAGGAUUCGAUGAAGGAGUUCGAGGCAGAGAAAAAUCAUGUAACAAAGACCAAGAAUCUGGUUGAAUUACAGCCUUAUGUCAGUAAAAGAAAGAGGUUGGAUCCUAUGAAUAAGUCGAUGACCGAUGGAAACUAGGAUAAUGUCCACAUCAAUAAUUUUUUAUGCCAUUUGGCCUUUAAAUCAUUUGUGAUCAUAUCCUAGUAGCGUGCGUGGCAGAACAAAGCAUCUAUGAUAUGGAUGUAUGGUCAAGUAUGAAAUGUUAAUUAUUCACUCCAGCUUCUCAUUUCAAAAUGUAAUGAAUAAUUAGAGGACAAUUUACCCCCACAUCAUAUUAAAGAUAUGUAGGGACUGGUUCAACCUCAUUUGAUGGUAACCCUACAGGCACUGCAAUUAAUAUAAUAUGAUGGUAACCCAUCAUAUUAUCUUACUGUGUCAUGACCAUAGAUUGAGUGGUUGAUUCCUAGUUGUAUUCAUAUUAAGUAAAUAUUUGCAUGAUAAUAGGAAAUAUCAUUUUAUGAA